AUAUUUUAGUAUUCUUCAUAUAGCUUUUCUUGUUUCAUUUUUCUAAAUAAACUCCCUCUUUCCCACAUCUCUCCUCUGUUUUCAUAUUCAUCAUGGGUUCUCGUCGAAACAUUUCUCCUUUGUUGCUUAUCUUCCCCGUAUUCUUCGAUGUUGUCAACGCUUGCUGUAAUGGAACAUGCAAGCUGGAUGACAAAUGCUCAUCAGACGAAGAUUGUGGACCUGGGCUUUAUUGUUCGUCUUGUACUCUAUCCUUUUCAGGCCACAGGUGUGUUAGAUCAACUGCCACAGACCCGUUUAAGUUAGUGAAUAGUUCUCUGCCAUUCAACAAGUAUGCAUUUCUUACGACCCACAAUUCUUUUGCCAUUGAGAGAGAGCCAUCACACACUGGGACCCGCAGAUUUACCCUCACCAAUCAAGAGGAUACUGUGACUCAACAGCUCAGGAAUGGUGUUCGGGGUUUAAUGCUUGAUAUGUAUGAUUUCGACGGAGAUGUGUGGUUGUGCCACUCUUUCGGAGGCCACUGCAUUGAUUAUACAGCGUUUGAACCAGCAAUAGACACAUUGAAGGAAAUUGAAGCCUUUUUAUCGGCAAAUCCAUCAGAAAUUGUGACUUUGAUUUUGGAAGAUUAUGUGGAGACCCCAAAUGGUUUGACUAAAGUGUUCACAAAUGCAGGACUAAUGAAAUAUUGGUUUCCUGUGUCAAAAAUGCCCAAAGGUGGUCAAGAUUGGCCCCUUGUGAGUAACAUGGUUGCUAAUAACCAAAGACUAGUUGUUUUUACUUCCAUCAAAUCCAAAGAACAGAGCGAAGGGAUUGCUUACCAAUGGAAUUACAUGGUCGAAAAUAAAUAUGGGGAUGCAGGAAUGGAAAAAGGAAGUUGUUACAAUAGAGUAGAGUCAUCACCAAUGGAUGACACAACUAAAUCUUUGGUAUUGGUAAAUUACUUUAGGUCAGUUCCAUUGAAGCCAUUGGCCUGUGUUCAAAACUCAGGGGACCUUCUUGACAAGCUUAUCACUUGUCAUGAUGCUGCUGCUAAUCGCUGGGCUAAUUUCAUCGCAGUUGAUUAUUACAAGAGAAGUGAAGGAGGAGGAGCAUUUUUAGCUACAGAUACCCUCAAUGGGCAGCUAUUAUGCCAGUGUGGUGAUGUACAUUCUUGUGCGGCGGGAUCUACCCCAGGUACCUUCACUGGAUCAUGACCAGAAACAAAUGACAAUCUUUAAACAAUAGAUGCAUUUUCUUUUUAAUCUUAAUUUUCCUUGUUUGGAAAAUCUCUAGAAACAAACUGUUGGGCUUGAUUGCUCUUCGAUGUUCAUGGAAUUAUUGUGUAUGAACAAAAAGUAGUUUUUUUUUUUUUGAAUUAAUAUGUUUUGUAUUUUUGAAGAGAAACAGAAAGAAGGUUUCUUUUGUCUGUCAUUCUAGUAUUCUACUCUAUUAUAAUUAUUUUUUUCCCGGUAAUUCAUGA